AAUAGCUCUUUUUCAAACUUUUAUAAAUAAUAAUAAAAAAAAAAAAUGGUUCUUCUAGAAAUUAAAUACUUAGAAUAUUUGGCUUAUAUUUUUUUAUUUGCCCUUUUUAUUAUUGUAUUUACCCGCAAUAUUUUUUACUUAUGUUUAUUGUUUGAUAAAUUAAAACUACCAUCUGAUCCUGAUGCCCCUGAUGUUCCUGAUGAUCAUAAUGAUCCUGAUGAAAACCUUGAAGUUAUGAUAGCUAUCGAACCUAUUUACGUUAUGUUAUAUUUAUUUUAUAUUCCAGAACGUGUUCCCUAUGAUCGAGAAAUACAAAAGAUUGAGUUAAUUCCUUAUCAACGUAAAAAACGUCCCAAAUUUGAUGGUAAUUUUUUCAAUUCAUUUCUAUUUGUUAAAGUCGAAGAGCCGAAGAGAAAUUAGUCAAGGUUAACACUGGAGAG